GGUCGGAGUGGGUUCCUGCGUGUGUGUGUGUGUGUGUGUGUGUGUGUGUGUGUGUAUGGAUGGAUGUAAUGAGGACGUUACAUCACUUGCAGUGCAGCCAGACACCAGCAGCAGCAUCCAGCUCGGAGGUAACGCGGAGCACAAACCCAGCUGGCCAUAUUGUGCACCAGCUCCCCGCAAAUCGGCUGCGUCACACCUCAAGAAGGCACAAAGCAGUACUGCAGGAAUAAAACCACUACACUGCGAGAGGCUCACGGAUCAACCCCCCUGUAUCGCUUGAGCUGGUUGGCGUUUUUCCGUGCAGGGAAAAUGGUUAAACUGGGCAAUAAUUUCAGCGAGAAAACCAACGGGAAGGUGGUUUCUGAAGACGGGUUUGACACCAUCCCUCUUAUAACACCAUUAGAUGCCAGUCAGCUGCAGUUCCCCCCACCGGAUAAGGUGGUGGUGAAGACAAAGGCAGAUUAUGAUGGUGAGAGCAAAAAGGGAAAGCUACGAUCUCCCAAAAUCGCAGAGUUCUCAAUAAGCAUCAUUGAAGGCGUUUCUGAGCGACUCAAAGUGACCUUGCUGGUGAUCUGUGCUCUGGCUUUCCUGAUGUGCGUAGUGUUCCUCGUGGUCUACAAGGUCUACCAGUAUGAACAGCCUUGUCCUGACAGCUUUGUUUACACGCAAGGUCGCUGCAUGCCAGCUGGGCUGUAUGGCAACUACCCCCCUCAGGGCCCUGGGGGCCGCGGACGUCUCUUCACACUCAUUAACCACUACAACAUAGCCAAGCAGACCAUCACUCGGUCAGUAUCACCAUGGGUGACCAUCAUGUCUGAGGAGAAGGUCACCCAGCAGGAGACGGAGACUGCCCAGAAACUGGCUUAACCAACCUGGGAUCAGGUGGUGGCUUCGCCUGCUGCAGAAAAAUAAAUAAUAUGGUUGUGCCAUUCAAGCAAACCUCCCAGUCCUGUGGCUUUAAUGGUUAAAAAUCCACUUCUCUUGGCUGAGGUGCUAUGCUGCCUUGUUGAUGCAGUUUGGUCAGCUGAUGCUUACAGUAGGAGGAAUUUCUGCAAGUGAGGCUAACAGCUGGGUGGAUUUACAGGUUUGUUUGAAUAGCAUACACUGUUAUUUAUUUACACUUUGAGUGGCAAACGUGUAGAAAAAAAGCCACAGAAACAAACACUGACACACACAUUCACUGUCUUUGUACAUACACAUAUGUAACAGAGCUCACUUUAGUACUCAGAUUGUGAAACGACUGUGAACCAUCUCGUGUCUGCGUCGCUUGUUUUAUGCACGCACGACUCUUAAUAACAAUCAGUUUGCUUUGAAUCUCUUUGUAUUCCAAUACAUCAAGUACUGAUAUGAGCAUGUUGGAAAUCUCGAGGUUGGGCGAGUGGUAAAUUUCUCAUGAAGUGACAGGAUAUUUGCCACUGAGGCCAUCUGUAUGAAAAUGUCUUAGUGUUAUGGUAUUGUGAACAAAGGCUUGACUUGGAGGAAAUGUACCAGCAGAAAACAUAUUUUAAAUUGUGCUGUACUGCUCUCUGCAUAUAGUGCUUUAAAAAAAACCGAGUGUUUGAUCAAGUUUCUCUUUCUUUUUUUCCCCUCAAACAGACAUGAAUGAUUGUUUCCAUUCAUUUGGAUUCUGUGAACACAAUGUGCUUUGAUUUUCUGGCUACACAACACUUAUUUAAGGAUUACUUUACAGAGCAUAACUUUUAAGCUACUGUACUGAAUGUUUUUUGCAUUGCUAGUGAAGACACUGUAUUGCGCAAUGCUUCGCAUUGAUUAAUGUCGCCAUAUAUGGCUAUAAGCAGCCACCACAGAUACUAGAGUUAGGCUGAUGUAGUGGAACAAUCUGACAGUAGUUGCUUGUCCUGUUGUUUCCUUUCUGUAUUUGUCAUUUAACUUAACUUGCCACAAAUUAUGUACCUUUUUCAAACAAUGUAAUGAUUGCCAUUGAAGUGCAUUUGCUACAUAAAAAAAAUGUCAAAUGAAAAACUCAAAUAAAGUGCCCACAUUUCA